GGUGGCCAAAAAGCCGGAAAAAGAAAUGGCUCAGAGAAGCAAUCAAAGCCAACCAGGGGGACCGCGCUCAGAGAAAGACGCUGAUCUGUCAAAGCGACGUCUGAAAGUGAUUCCUCCCUCUAUCCUGCAGAGGGUGGAAAUCGAAAACCUCAAUUUGGAUCGCAACAAACUGAAAAGCAUCAAUGAUAUCUCCAAACUGCAGAACCUUAAGUCCCUUAUCCUGUCCAAGAACGAAUUGACCACCUUUCCGCAGGAAAUCGCCUCUCUACCUGCCCUGGAGAAGCUUUACUUGAACCAGAACAGCAUCGCCCAGGUGGACGAGGGCAUUUUCACCUGCCUCCCGCUGCUGAAGCUGCUGAGGCUGAGCAACAACCGUUUGAUGGACCUGCCCUCGGAUCUCAGCACCUGCCGGGAGCUUCAGUACAUCAACCUGUCCCACAACCUGCUCCAGAAGAUUCCCGAAGCCGUGCUGAAGCUGAACAAGCUGGAGGAGUUCUACGUGGAGAACAACAAGCUACGGGAGCUCCCGGCUGCCCUCUUCGAGAACGAGGGGCUGCGGAAGUUCAACGCCUCCAAAAACCGCCUGCGAGCCCCUCCGGACGAGGUGUGCGCCGGGGGGCUCAGGCACAUCCGCAGCUACUUCAAGCAGCUCAUGACCGGGGCCAACAGAGAGGACAAGAGGAUCAAGACCAUGUUCCUGGGGACCUCCAUGGCUGGCAAGUCCACCCUGAGCAGGAGUCUGAGCGCGAGGGAGGUGGUGGAGGUCAGCGAGGGAGAUAGGACGGUCGGCAUUGAGAUCAACGAGUUUGAGAUCGAGGACUUCUCCUUCCUGUGCUGGGACUUUGCCGGUCAGCACGAGUAUUACCUCACUCACCAUGUCUUCAUCACCAGGCAAGCCUUGGUCAUUCUGGUCAUCGACUUGCACAAGUACGAGGUAGGAAACAAAUGUGUCUUCAAGGAACUGGUUGGCUUCUGGGUCAACAACAUUUUCAUGCGAGUUCCCGAUUCGGUGGUGCUCCCCGUAGGGACCCACGUAGACCUGUGCGAUGAAGAGGAGAUGAGGACGAAGAAGAAAGACAUUGAGGUGAAGAUCAGGGAAAUGCUGACCGAGAGACAGGAGAACUUGGAACAGCGUCUGGAGAAGAUAAACAAGAAAUCCCACUGUGAAUUUUACAGCGAUCAAGCCAAUAAACUCCAAGAAUUAGCCAAGUACAAUUUACAGGUUCUAGACCUGAUCCCGAUUGACUGCACUCAAUACACAGACAUAAACAAUGUGCGUAAGCAGAUUCUCCAGUCAGUGAGGAAUGAAGACAUUUUCCCCAACGCCGUCCGCAUGCUCCCGAGCACGUACACAGCCGUGGAGAAGGCAAUUGCGCAGCUCGUCCAACAGCAGGAAAUACCGGAGCACGGUAUCCUGUCUUAUGAGGAGCUGAAGGACAAGCUUAGUAAUUUUAAUGAAGAGCAUCUCGAGCACAUCCUCAGCUACCUGCAUCGGAUCGGAUUAAUCUUGUGGUACCAAGACAUCAAGGCUUUGAAGUCGACUUUAUUCAUCAAGCCAGCUUUCCUCAUCACCCUGUUCAAGAUGAUUGUUCGCCAUGACCUGUUGGAUCAGCUGCAAAGCAUCCCAAGCAAGGUGCUGAAGAAACACUGGGCUAACGUCCCCGAUAAGAACAAGUGGGUCUUUGACUUCCGGACCAAAGCAACGCUACACGACAAAGCGAUCGCCAUGCUGGUCAAGUUUGAGGUGCUGGGCAAUGCCAGCCUGCAGGAGAUCGCUAACGAAAUGAUUGGGGACGAGACAGAAAAAGGGAAGCUCUUCGAUAUCUUGGAAAAUUUCGAUAUAUGCCUCCCUUCCAAAUCCAUAUCACUGAAUCCGGACGCCAAAGAGUUCAAGCCGGGAUCACCAUGGAACCAGUUGAACAAUACCCGAUCUCUUACUUAUUUAUUCCCCAGUUAUUUAAGUGAUACGAAAGAGGUGGACGCAAAAUGGGGAGAAGACAGUGAAGAAGACCUGAGGGUUCAAAUCUUCUUCUUGCCUGAGAUUCCACAGGGAUUCUUUCACAGGGUUAUCAUUAAGCUGUGUGAUUUCAUUCAGUCGCACUGGGUUGGGAAAGAACGAUGUCUGGUAGUUUGCUCUGGAUGGAAACUGCUCCUGAAGGAACACAACGAGGAGGCGAACAGCUACAUCGAGAUCCGGUGCAAGGCAAAGGAAGGGGAGCAAAACGACUUCAGUGACAGGUGGUGUCGAAUCACAAUGGCCAUUCACUUCAUCAAGAAGGUGGUUGAUCAGUGGCCCGGCCUUCAUUACUGCCUGAAGACUCCAUGUAGGAAUCCCGGAUGCGACAAUCAUUUUGACUGGCCCGACCUGGAUGAGAAGGAUGAAGACAUUGAGCUGGGUGCAGAGGACAACAUAAAGACCUGUGAUAAAUGUGGCACAGACUUCAGGACUGAGCUCCUGUUCUGCACCGGCAAGGCCAAGGGGACGUCCAAUAACCAUUUGAAAGUGGCUGAGCUGAAGGUCCCCAACAAAGUUGAGGGGUGUGGGGUUUUGGUCAUAGGAGAUGCAACGGUCAACAUAACGAAACAGGAAUUCAACGACUAGUGAAAGUGCCCUCCUGUUGAUGGCCUCGGAAGGAAGUGAACAUCUGUUUUGGUGGGGGUGGGUGGGGGUGUUGUGGUGGCGGAGGGGGAGCUGAUGGUGGAACAUAGAAGUGCGUCUCGCCGAUGAGUGAAGCCACUCUGUCGAUGUGGUGCCCAGGCUGGGAUUUUCCCCAUUGUGGGUGCCUGACCUCAAAGAGCUGACACUUCGCGGCAAACGCAGAUUCAUCGCCGAGCAUCAAAAACAGUCACCUCCCGAGGGGCUGCUUUUUCGCUAGGGUAUGAAAUCUCGGCACUUUUUUCACCCCACUCCUGUCCCGGGGGCACGUUGACCGUGGUUCAGAGGCUGGUUGGCAGGAAUCUCGCUGUAGCUUAGGGUUGCUUUGCUCGCUGAUUUCUCCCCCCCCCCACCCCAUCAUCUUUCCUCCACUCACUACUGUGUCCACUAUUUAUCAGGGUCAGAGGGGAGGGAAAGAGAUGGAAUCUCUGUGGGUCUCUUUAACAGCAGACGCCCCAGCGCUGACCACUAUUUGGACUCUGAAUAGCAAAGAUCGCAGGACAUUUCCUUAUAGAUUCUCAACAUCAGAAAGCUCGGGACUUAACAACAGAGGCCCCAAGACCUAUUUACCGAGGUGUCCAAGCCAACAACCAACCAAAUAACUUGAUCAUUCACUAAAUGGUUGCUUUUGGGGAAAAUUGCCCUACACUUGACAUUACAGUAAUUCACCGUGAAGCACUUUUGAGAUGUUUCAACUUUAUAAAUGCUGUAUCAAAUGCAAAGAUUAUUAUCAUUCAUAAUGUUACUGGAUACAUUUCAGCAGUGAUUAAGAAAGACUUGAACAAUAAAAUCCCAUGAAAGAAA